UUUAUUCCCAUUUAUAACCCCCUCAUGAGCUCCCCCCCCUGCACCCAACCGAACGUUAGACGCUUCUCCCCAAAGUACUACUCCUCGCCUGCGGUUUUCUCAUCCCCCGAGCCCUUCAAAGUUCUAUUCUUCUCUCUUUUUCUGGAGGAAAAACCAGCGGCAGUCGGAUCCACUCACCGCCGACACGGUGGAAUCGAUGGUGAUCUCGGCGGAGACGGGCUCGAGGCCGCCGGAUCCCCCGUCGGCGGCCGCGACGGCGCCCUCGAGAGGGGAGGCGCAGGGCAAUCUGCUCCACAACUUCUCCUUUCCGGUUCUGAAGACGUGGGGAAACCAGCGGCUCCUCCGCUGCAUGAACUUGAAUCGUGAAGGGGAGAUGAUCGGCGGAGGCCGGGGAACGGCAGCCGAGGGCUGGGGGCCGCGGAUCCAAGCUCUGGCGGAGGGCGGCGAGGGCGACGCGGGGCUGGAGGAGGUCAGGGAGAAGCUCCUUGUUCACCUCCGCGAGGCGGCGGACCGGAUGAAGCUCGUGGUCCCUCCUCCUCCCAAGGGCGCGUCGCGGGAGAAGCCGGAGCCGGAGCCGGAUCCGGAGCCCGAGCAGGAGCCGUCUUCGUCGGCGGCGGCGGUGGUGAGGCCGUGGAAUCUGAGGACUAGAAGGGCGGGGUCCAGGGCUCGGAUGGGGAUGGAGCGACACCUGAGCGUCUCUCCGCACCGGCCGGCGGCGGCGGUGGAGAGGAGGACGGUGCGGCUUAGGUCGGAGGACGCCGACCGGAGGGACCGGCCCAAGUUCUCGAUCACGCUCAAGGUGGAGGAGAUCGAGGAGGAUAUCUACGCGGUGACGGGAUCCCGCCCCCGCCGCCGGCCCAAAAGGCGCCCUCGCGUCGUCCAGAAACAGCUCGACGCGUUGUUCCCUGGUUCGUGGUUGUCGGAGAUAACGGCCGACACGUAUCGGAUUCCGGAGUAGAGCCCCGAAGGCCGGCCGACGGACCGACAAGGAGGUAAGGUUACCUCCGGUUAUCUGAACCCUUUCUCCGCUGCACCUCCGCUUGUCAGUUUGGGGUCAACUGACGGUACGAAAAUUCGUUCCCAAAACCUUUAGAAGAGCCAUAACAAAUUAAAUCCUGUUUUAUCUUCUGUUUCCAGCUAUGGCUAUUCUCUUCCACAGAAGCUGUCUCUGUAGAAAUAUUUAUUCUCUCCGUCUUCUCUCUUGGUCUUUAAUUAUGUGAAACCGUGUUAAUGUUAUUGUAGUCUUUCAAACCCCACUCUUCGUUUCGCUUUAUGUAGUUCACAUCAUUUUGU